UUUUUUAAACAUCUUUUUAACCUGUGUUUUUUUUAUCCUCAAGCGCUGGGAACUUGAAAGAACAGAGUCCGUACAUCUGGUAAAAAUCAAAAUUUCUAGGUUUUUAAGCCGUCCGAAUACAUUAAAAAAGAACUAAGCUUCAAUCUUCAAAAUCCAUGGUUAGGGUUUCGUUUGUGUUCAUCUGAAAUGUUGUAGUUUCCUUCAUCACCUUCGUAUCUUCCUUUUCGAACCAUCCUUUUGAGCCCAUCACGUCCUUAGACAUGAAAGAAGCUGUGUAAUCAUUAUUUGUUUAUUUAUGAGAUAAAAACGGUGCAGUAUUUGAUGGACGAUAUCUGGGAGAGAGCGGUGGAGACAGCGUUAGACGGGCAAGCGGACCACGCGACGGCUAGAUCCUUGACUCUUGACGGUGCGGUUAAGUGCGUUCAAGGUCGCCUCCCCUCGCCUAGCAUGUCGGAAAAAUUUAGAAAUCUUCAACAUCUUUCAAUUGCCAAUAUUGGCGUGUCAUCUCUUGAACAGUUUCCUCGCCUUCUAAAUCUCCAGAAAUUAAUCCUCUCAGACAACAGAAUCGCCGGUGGCCUAGAAUUUCUCGUUGAAGCUGGCCUUGACUCGCUCCGAGACCUUGACUUGUCUAACAAUCGGAUUCAUUAUAUUGAAAAUCUUGCCCCGCUUGCCCAGCUUAAGCUUGUGUCCCUUGAUCUUUAUGAUUGCCCGGUAACCAGAGUUAAAGAUUAUCGAUCUAGGGUUUUUGGAUUUAUUAAAUCGUUGAAAUAUUUAGAUAAAAUGGAUGCUGAAGAGAAUGAAAGGCCGGAAUCUGAUGACGAGGAAGAUGAAGAGGAGGAGGCUGAAGAUGAUCCAGGGGCUGGGGAAAUUGAUGGUGACGAUCAGCAUCACAGACUAAGUAAUGGGCACAGCGAAGGUGCGGAAGAGAUUGUUGAUGUUGAUGAGGAUGAGGAGAGUGAUGCAGAUGAAGAAGAGACUGAAAUAGGUGGAAGAGUGAAUGGGUUAAGCCAUGAGGGGAAUGGGUUUCGGAUUGAGGAAGUAGGGAGAGUUGAAGAUGGGGACGAUGAUUAUGAGAAUGGUUCAUGUGAGGAAGUUGAUGAUGAUGAUGAUGAGGAAGAUAAUGUUGUGGAAGUUCAUGAUAUUGGGAAUAGUGAUGAUGAUGAGGAAGAUGACGUAGACGACGAUGAAGAGGAAGAUGAGGAUGAUGAAGAAGAAGAAGAAGAUGAGGAAGACGUUGAAGAUGAUGAGAUGUUCAGGCUGCCAUCUACUUCUUCACAGCUUAAGAGAAAGAGAAGUGAUGAGGAGGAGGAGAGGAGGAAGAUGAUGCUGUGGAGUUUCCAAAUGCCAAGGCAUCAAGAAGCAUGGUUAGGCGUGUUGGAUCCUGUUCUGUUAAUAAUAAUGCUUAGAAAAUAGAGUGAUGUUAUUGAAGAGCUGCUUAUGAAAGGAAUUGUGUAUUUGAUGGGUGGAUUCAUCAAUGCUUAGUUCAAAAUGUCGUUAGAUUCUGUUCUUUUCCUUGGAAUAUAUAUACGUCCAUUACUUAUUUGUCAAUUCAAAUGGCAGUUAUGAAGGGGGUUUUACCGCUCACUUUCAGCUAAGGAUUGGAGGGAAAAUACAAGUUUUGUUUUUUAAGGUGGGUCGGGGGAUUUUGUAAUAAGUUAUAAAAAACAGACAGUUGUAGAUGGUAUUUGUUUGUUAUCUAUGCUUUGGUUGGGCUCAUCCAUCAAGUGGGGUGACUUUCUGGCAUAUU